GAAAAAAAAAGCUGUCUUAUAAAAUCUCAUGGCUGAUUUCACAUCAGACUUGCAAAACUUUAAACAAUCAUUUUCUUUCUUGGAUAUUGAUCCUACCAUGGAAUCACUUAACCAAUUUGCUGAGCUAAACCAAAGUGUCAUAGACAAUUCAGCUUUGAAUUUCCAAAGCUUCUUGCCAUUCUCCAAUGACAGCUUCUUCAGCAAUGAAGCACCUGAAAUCCCAGGCAACUGGAGAGAAAACCUGCCAGAUUUUAUCAAUUAUAGCAACCAGGGUUCAGUGUCAGUUGCUCAUCCCGUUGUCACAGCUAAAACUGAAUUCUAUGAAAGCAAGAAGAGAAAAGCAUUGGAUAUAUCAGAAUGUACUUCUGGGAGCUCAUAUUCUCGACAGGUUUCUGAAAGUGGGAUCAAGAGAAGAAACAAUUCAAGAAGAGGGAAAAGAGCAAAAAGUAAUGAGAAGGAAGAGGAGAAAGAAGUGGUUCAUGUAAGAGCCAGAAGAGGUCAAGCUACUGACAGUCACAGUUUGGCAGAAAGGGUUAGAAGAGGGAAAAUAAAUGAGAAACUAAGAUGCUUGCAAGAUAUUGUCCCAGGAUGCUACAAGACCAUGGGCAUGGCAGUAAUGUUAGAUGAGAUAAUCAACUAUGUCCAGUCCUUGCAGAAUCAGAUUGAGUUUCUUUCAAUGAAGCUGACAGCAGCAAGCACAUAUUAUGACUUCAACUCAGAGUCGGAUGCCGUGGAAAGAAUGCAGAGGGAAAAGGCAAAGGAGGCAAAAGAGUUGGAAAGAUUGAUGGGAGACGGAUAUGUUGGAGGGCUAGCUUGCUUCCACUCAUCAACAUGGUCCUCUUUGACAUAACUUCUAUAUCCAUGUCACACCUGACAAAAUUGCCUUACAACACAUGAUGAAGAUGCUCUAUUUUUCAACAUUUUCAUGUUUAAAGUAUCUGAAAUGUACCCUACUUCAUGUUGUAUCCAGCAGGAAAAGGCUUUUGAUAAGGUUUUUUUAGGUAAAAUUUGUAAAUUUUUUUAUUUAAA